UCUUCUACUUCUUAUUCCCCACACCCCCCCCCCCCCCCCCCCCCAAAAAAAAAAAAAUUCUCUCUCUCUCUCUCUCUCUCUCUCUCUCUCUGCCUUUUCCUUUUAGUUCCCACAAGGUCACAAUGGAUCCCUCCUCCACCAACUCUGUCAAUGGCUUCUAUACUUUUCUGACUCGAGGGAUCGAUGAUCUUGAACGGGUUUACCUUUCAAACAAUUUCAUGUCAAUCCAAUUCCUCCAAAGGGUUCUUUCACAUCUCCGAUCAUUUCAUUCCCAAUUGAUUCUUCUUGUCCAAAAGCUUCAUUUGCCGGUGGGGGAGAAGUGGUUGGAUGAGUACAUGGAUGAAAGCUCAAAGCUUUGGGACGCCUGUCAUGUCCUUAAAUCAGGCAUUUCUGGAAUCGAAAAUUUCUACUCUGCUGGCUUCAACAUCACUUCCUCUCUUGAAACUCAUCGCCAUCUGAGUCCACAACUUUCUCGCCAGGUGAUUAGGGCAAUAUCAGGGUGUCGAAGGGAAGCGGUGGGAUUGGAGGAGGAGAAUCGAGCACUGAUGGAAGCAAGAAUUCAACCUUUAUCUCUGAGGUUCGAUGAGAAAGUAUCGAUCGAAUCAAAGCUGAACGGAUUCAAUGGAUUCAGGGGAGUUCUGUACGCAAUGAGAAAUGUGAGCUCUCUCCUCCUAAUGAUCUUGCUCUACGGGCUGGUUUACUGUUGGCCGGAAUCGAAUUUUGUAAGAGGAGGGUAUGAAGGGUGUCUUUUCUUCGGUUCAGCUUUUAUGAUUUCGACGGCGAGAUUGCAGGAGAGAGUCGCCGGAGAGAUCAACCAGAUGAACGGAAGGCCUGGAAUUUUGCUGUACGAGUUUAGAAGGUCCAAGAUGGCGAUGGAGGAAUUGAGGGCGGAAUUGGAGAGAAGGGUGGGGAUGGGGUCACAGGGACUGGUGGAAUGGGAAACAGAGAUUGGAAUUAGAGAAAGGGUUGAAAAUUUGAGAGCUUGUUUUGGGGUACUGAGAUCUGGAGCUGAGAAUAUUGUUUGCCAACUUGAUGAUUUCAUUGAUGAAAUCGUUGAAGGCAGGAAGAAGCUUUUGGACUUUUGUAGCCACAGGAAUUUCAUGCAUAGCCUAAAUUAAAGGGUUCCAAAAAGAGUAAGCAAAAUGCAACGCAACAGACAUAUAAAUAAACAGAGGGUGGGAAAGGAAGGAAAUAAACUAACCACCAGGCUUCGUUGUACUGUAUUGUAUUGUAAUAGAGACCAGCCAUUCAGAAACAAGUUCUGGCAAACGCCUGAUCGCAAACAGCUCCCAAAAGCCCUUUAAGCAAAGCACACUUUGCUUUUCAAUAAUCAUCAGAAGUAAUGAUUUUAUUUUACUUCCCCAAGAACUAGAAAAGAAGAGAAAGAUAUUCCUCCUCAGACAAUAAUAAUUAAGAAUUUUAGUGUCGGGUUUUCAGAGCAUGUAACCCCAGAUGAAACAUCCCUAUGCUUAUAAACAUGACUAGUUUGGAAAUA